CACCGAAACAGAGGCUUCAACAUCAACAGUCGCCGUCAGAUGCCGUGUAAACUCCGAUACAUGCAACGCCGGCAAUGAUCUCUAUCACUCCGCCAUUAUUCGUCUACGUUACCCUCAAACUCGAACCCCGUCGUCUUAUUCGCAUUUCUACAUCUUGAGAUUACCAUAACAUCCCUCGAAAGUCCAAAUCACUUCAAAUCCUCUACAUUUUCUCAAAUCAGUUCACGAAUUAGAUUAAUCGAUGAUGGCAUACGAGAAUGAGGGCUUCGAAGAAGCCCAUCCCUACGCUUCUCCUCAUGAAGACAUGGAGUCCCUUGUUCUUCACGAUGACGAUACUAACAAUAAUUUGUCCAAAUCCAAUGGCGGAGCACACGGCAGAGAUGAUAAUCAACGCCACUACCCUCACAAUUCGUUCAAUUCGUUCCUCGAGCCCCCUUCGUACGCGGAGGCAGUAUUCAGAUCGUUCGAUGGUGACCACACCAAGCAAAUCAACAGCCACGGUGUUGUCUCCACGUCAAUGCCGUCUACUAAUUCUGAUUACUUAAAAAUUUCAGUUACAGAUCCUCGAGAGGAGGAAGAUCUAGUUGCCGGUGGGAACACCUACGUGACCUACUUGAUAACCACAUGGACGAAUCUUCCGGAGUUCAACGGAACAGAAUUUAGCCUCCGGAGACGGUUUAAAGAUAUCGUCACGUUAUCAGAUCGGUUAUCAGAAUCAUAUCGAGGUUUUUUCAUUCCGAUGAGACCGGAUAAGAGUGUGGUUGGGAAGCAGGUUACGCAAAAGCAAGAGUUCGUUGAGCAGAGGAGAAUGGCCUUGGAGAAGUACUUGAAAAAAUUAGCUGCUCAUCCUGUAAUACGAAGAAGUGAGGAAUUAAGAGUGUUUUUGCAGGUGCAGGGGAAGCUGCCAUUGAUGAAGACCACAAAUAUGGCAUCAAGGAUGGUAGAUGGAGCAGUGAAGCUGCCUAAGCAGUUGUUUGGAGAGCCUGUUGAGUCAGCAAAAGGAGGGGGAGAUCUUCUCAGAAUAUUCAAAGAGCUAAGGCAAUCAGUCACGUAUGGUUGGGGUGCAACGAAGCCACCUCUGGUGGAAGAGGACAAAGAAUUCAUGGAGAAGAAGAUGAAGUUGCAGGAAUUUGAGCUGGCGUUGGGUAAUGUAUCUCUGCAGGCUGAAUCUCUUGUUAAAGCUCAACAAGACAUUGGUGAAACCAUGGGACAAUUAGGGUUAGCAUUUGUCAAACUAACUCAAUUCGAGACCAAUGAAGCCAUGUUCAACUCUCAAAAAGCAAGAGCACGAGAUAUGAAGAAUGUUUCAACUUCUGCUGUUAAAGCAAGUAGAUUGUAUCGUGAAUUGAAUGCACAAACCAUCAAACAUUUGGACAAGCUUCAUGACUACCUUGGAGUGAUGUUAGAUGUGAAUAAUGCAUAUUCAGAUAGAUCAAAUGCUUUAUUGACAAUACAGACUCUUGUAUCAGAGGUUUCAGCUCUAAAUUCAAGAAUUGAAAAGCUUGAAGCAGUUGCAUUCAAGGUAUUUGGUGGUGACAGCUCUAGAAUUCAGAAACUUGAGGAGUUGAAAGAAACCAUGAGAGUUACAAACGAAGCUAAAAAUCAAGCAGUCAGAGAAUAUGAAUAUAUAAAGGAGAAUAACAAGAUUGAACUUGAGAGACUAGACAAAGAGAGGCGUGAGGAUUUCAUUGGGAUGAUGAAAGGAUUUGUUGUUAACCAGGUGGGAUAUGCAGAAAAAAUGUCAAGUGCGUGGGAAAUAGUUGCCAAUGAAACAAGUGGAUAUGCAGAAAGAUGUAGGUGAAAGUAGAAAGUAUGUUUUUUUGUUAAUAGUGUUAACAUUUAGUUAUAUAAAAAAUUUGUGUAUUAACCACCC